GAAUAAAUGUAUUCUGUAAUCUCAUGGACAUGUGUACUGGGCUCAGUCAAAGCAGUUACACGAAAAUCGUAGAACAUAUUCAUGAAGCUGCCAAGUCUUCGUUCAAGGUUUUAUCUCAAAAAGCUGUUCAAGAAGAAAUAGCAAAAAACAUCGAACAUGGAAGACCUGAAAAACAUAUCAAAGUCUCGACGGUUCAUGACGGUUCAAAAAACGCGGGUUCAAGUCACUGUAUGGCGUCACAACGCUGAUCGGUUACUCCACCGGCAAAGUAAUUGAUUUUGUCGUUAAAAGCAGUUAUUGCCAUGCUUGUACGUCCUGGAAAAAGAAAAUGCAUACUGUACAAUAUCAGACAUGAUUACAAGAUCACGAAGAAGAGUGUACGAAAAAUCACAAUGGCUCGGCGGGAAAGAUGGAAGUCGAUUCAGUGAAAGAGAUGUUUUCCAGAUCGGAAGAGAACUUCGGCGUCAAGUACAGCAAUUACAUUGGUGAUGGGGACUCUGCAACUUUCAAGGCCAUUCUAGAUUUCCUCUUACCAAUAUACGAGAAUUUAUCUAGAGAAGAUCUUCUAGAAAGGUGCUUGGGUGGUCACACUCAGAACGCCAACGAAAGCUUUAACUCCACCAUCUGGCGAUUGACCCCCAAACACUUACAUUCUGGCCAAAAAAUAAUCGAGUUAUUAGCCUGCAUUGCAGCCGGAGUAUUCAACGAAGGCUACAAUUCAAUAUUGAGGCUGAUGAACCAACUGGACAUCGUUGUCGGAAAUCAAGCUCUCAAUUUUGCUAAAAAUACGGACGAAGCUCGCGUUACACGACAGAACAGGAUGAGCCAAAGCGAGACAAAAGCUGCCCGUACUGCCAGGAAACAGCAACAACUGGAAGAUAAUCAGCUUUUCGAGGAAGCUGAAGAGCUAUUGUAUGCACCUGGAAUCGCUGAUUGAUCGACCAAUAGAAAAAGCUGGGCGAUGGCAGCCGUU